AAAGAAAAGUCAUCUGUUGAAAAAAGCCCGUCUAGAAGAUCGCGCGCAACUUCGCUGCGCAUUGCGCUCUACAUCUGGGCGAAUCGGGAGUCGUCGAUGACGUGUGCCAGCCAAUCAGCGAGUUUCCGCGGCCCCAUAUAAAAGGAUCGCGGCGGCCGGCGCGAUCGUCAGUCGAUUCGUUGCCGUUUGAGGAAGUAGCAUUACCCGCUUCCGCCGACAACCGAGUUUGCUGCUCUUUUUUUUUCACUCCAGUCCACGUAAACUCAACACUUCUUAUCAAAAUGCGUGAGUGUAUCUCAAUCCACGUUGGACAGGCUGGAGUCCAGAUUGGUAAUGCCUGCUGGGAGCUGUACUGCCUUGAGCAUGGCAUCCAGCCUGAUGGCCAGAUGCCAUCAGACAAGACCAUUGGAGGUGGAGAUGACAGCUUCAACACCUUCUUCAGUGAAACUGGAGCUGGCAAGCAUGUACCCAGAGCUGUCUUCAUUGAUUUGGAGCCAACAGUAGUUGACGAGGUUCGUACCGGCACAUACCGUCAACUUUUCCACCCGGAACAGUUGAUCACCGGCAAGGAAGAUGCCGCUAACAACUACGCUCGUGGCCACUACACCAUUGGAAAGGAAAUCGUCGACUUGGUCCUUGACAGGAUCCGCAAGUUGGCCGACCAAUGUACAGGACUUCAAGGUUUCCUCAUUUUCCACUCCUUUGGUGGAGGCACUGGCUCUGGUUUCACUUCACUGUUGAUGGAAAGGCUCUCUGUUGACUACGGCAAGAAAUCCAAGCUUGAGUUCGCCAUUUACCCGGCACCUCAGGUUUCCACUGCCGUCGUCGAACCAUACAACUCCAUCCUGACCACGCACACAACUCUGGAGCAUUCCGACUGCGCCUUCAUGGUCGACAACGAAGCUAUCUACGAUAUUUGCCGCCGUAACCUGGACAUUGAGCGACCAACUUACACCAACCUCAACCGUCUGAUCGGCCAAAUCGUCUCCUCGAUCACCGCCUCUCUUCGUUUCGACGGAGCUUUGAACGUCGAUCUUACGGAGUUCCAGACCAACUUGGUACCAUACCCCAGGAUUCACUUCCCGCUGGUCACCUAUGCUCCAGUCAUCUCGGCUGAGAAGGCGUACCAUGAACAGCUGUCUGUUGCCGAAAUCACCAACGCUUGCUUCGAGCCAGCCAACCAGAUGGUAAAAUGCGACCCGCGCCACGGCAAGUACAUGGCUUGCUGCAUGUUGUACAGAGGAGACGUUGUCCCUAAGGACGUCAAUGCCGCUAUCGCAACCAUCAAGACCAAGAGGACCAUCCAGUUCGUUGACUGGUGCCCAACUGGUUUCAAGGUCGGUAUCAACUACCAGCCCCCAACUGUUGUUCCUGGUGGAGAUCUCGCCAAGGUUCAACGUGCCGUGUGCAUGUUGUCCAACACAACUGCCAUCGCCGAAGCCUGGGCUCGACUUGACCACAAGUUUGACUUGAUGUACGCCAAGCGAGCUUUCGUUCACUGGUACGUCGGUGAGGGUAUGGAGGAGGGUGAGUUCUCCGAAGCUCGUGAGGACUUGGCCGCUUUGGAGAAGGACUACGAAGAAGUCGGCAUGGACUCCACCGAGGGCGAGGGUGAAGGCGCCGAAGAGUAUUAAACAAACAAAUUUGAAAUGAGAACAAAAAAGAAAAAUUCCUUUAACACAUGAAUUGCAUUUUUCGCAAAGAGAAUUUUUUUACUUGAUUUACACUUCCGAAACAUUCUGUAUUAUUUUUCUUACUCAUUUAUCUAUCGUAAAAUAAAUUCGAUAUUUAUUCCAGCAAGUA